AUGGCCAGAACUUUCUUUGUCGGUGGUAACUUUAAAUUGAACGGUUCCAAACAAUCCAUUAAGGAAAUUGUUGAAAGAUUGAACACUGCUUCUAUCCCAGAAAACGUCGAAGUUGUUAUCUGUCCUCCAGCUACCUACUUGGACUACUCUGUCUCUUUGGUUAAGAAGCCACAAGUCACUGUCGGUGCUCAAAACGCCUACUUGAAGGCUUCUGGUGCUUUCACUGGUGAAAACUCCGUUGACCAAAUCAAGGAUGUUGGUGCUAAGUGGGUUAUUUUGGGUCACUCUGAAAGAAGAUCUUACUUCCACGAAGACGACAAGUUUGUUGCUGACAAAACUAAGUUCGCUCUAGGUCAAGGUGUCGGUGUCAUCUUGUGUAUCGGUGAAACUUUGGAAGAAAAGAAGGCCGGUAAGACUUUGGAUGUUGUCGAAAGACAAUUGAACGCUGUCUUGGAAGAAGUUAAGGACUGGACUAACGUCGUUGUCGCUUACGAACCAGUCUGGGCCAUUGGUAGCGGUUUGGCUGCUACUCCAGAAGAUGCUCAAGACAUUCACGCUUCCAUCAGAAAGUUCUUGGCUUCCAAGUUGGGUGACAAGGCUGCCAGCGAAUUGAGAAUCCUAUACGGUGGUUCCGCUAACGGUAGCAACGCCGUUACCUUCAAGGACAAGGCUGAUGUCGAUGGUUUCUUGGUCGGUGGUGCUUCUUUGAAGCCAGAAUUUGUUGAUAUCAUCAACUCUAGAAACUAA